AUGGUAUAUAGAACCCCAACGUAGAACCUCCCCCCCAUCCUCCCUGAUUCUCUUUCCUUCCCUGUCCGAGUGAAUCCUCCUUCCCUCUCGUCCUUCAUCGUCCGCCCCCUCAUCCCGGACAGGACAGACAAAGAUGGCUUUCCCCAGCCGUCUCCUCCCUUGGCUCGCAGCCAUCUUCUUCUUCAUCGCCCAAUGCCAGGCCAAAACCGUGACCUAUGACUGGAACGUCACUUGGGUGACCGCCAAUCCAGAUGGCCUGGCCGAGCGUCAAAUUGUCGGCAUCAACAAUCAAUGGCCCCUGCCCAUCAUCGAAGUCGACAAGGGCGACCGCCUCGUGGUAAACAUGUACAACGGACUUGGUGACAAGAGCGCCUCGAUCCACUUCCACGGCAUGUAUCAAACCAACACAACGGAAAUGGACGGCCCAUCCAUGGUGACCCAAUGUCCCGUUCCGCCGGGCAGCUCCAUCACGUACAACUUCACCGUUAACCAGAACGGCACGUACUGGUACCACUGCCACACGGACUACUGCUACCCCGACGGCUAUCGCCAGGCCUUUAUCGUGCAUGACAACUCCUCCUACUUCGCCGACAAGUAUGACGAGGACCUCACCAUCACCAUGACAGACUGGUAUCAUGAACUGACCGAGACCAUCGCCCCGACCUUCAUCACCGUCGACAACCCCACUGGCGCUGAGCCCAUCCCAGAUUCCUUCCUCUUCAACGACACUCUCAACACCAAGGUCCCCGUCGAAGCAGGCAAAACUUACCUCUUCCGCCUCAUCAACAUCGGCGCCUUCGUCGCCCAAUACUUCUACAUAGAAGACCACACCAUGCGCAUCGUCGAAAUCGACGGCAUCUACACGGAUGAGGCGGAAGCAGAUAUCCUCUACAUCUCCGCCGCGCAGCGCUACACCGUUCUGGUGACGAUGAAAAACUCUACGGAGAAAAACUACCCCAUCGUCAUGCUCGAGUACAACUCCAGCGCUGCGUUCGAGCAAGCGGUAAUGACCGUCUCCGACCCCGCAGACCUCAAUCCCUACGACGACAUGUCCCUCGUCCCUAAUGACAGAAUGCCCCUCCUCGAGUCCCCAGACCUCUCGCUCGAACUCACUGUCACUAUGCAAGUCCUCGACGACGGCGCCGACUACGCCUUCCUCAACGACAUCUCCUACACCGCUCCCAAAGUUCCCGCCCUCUACACCGUCAUGUCCGCGGGAGACCAAGCCACAGAUGCGACAGUGUACGGCGACUACACGCACUCGGUCGUGCUAGAGGAGAACCAAAUCGUGGAAAUCAUCCUCAACAACGGGGAUACGGGAACUCACCCGUUCCAUCUUCACGGCCAUGCCUUCCAGAUGAUUGAUCGGUACCCGCCGUAUGGGCCUCAUUUCUAUGACUAUGCAGAUGGUGAUCCGAUCACGUACAAUGCUUCUAACCACACUGCGUUCCCGGAGUACCCGCCCCGGAGAGAUACCUUUGUGCUUCCGCCGCAGGGAUACUUCGUUGUGCGCUUCAAGGCCGAUAACCCCGGUGUGUGGUUCUUCCAUUGCCAUAUUGAUUGGCACUUGGCGCAGGGUUUGGCUAUGGUGUUUAUUGAGGCGCCGAAGGCGAUUCAGAGUAGGGUUACUAUCCCUCAGCAGCAUUAUGAUGUUUGUGAGGCUGCGGGUGUCCCUACGGCGGGUAAUGCGGCCGCUAAUACCGAGGAUUAUACCGAUCUUACCGGCCAGAAUAAGCAGGUUGCGUGGUUGCCUGGCGGUUUCACGGCUAGGGGUAUUGUGGCGUUGGUGUUCUCGUGUGUGAGUGCGUUCCUGGGUAUGGGUAUGAUUGCGUUCUAUGGAUUGUCGGAUAUUAAGAAGGGUGGGGGACAGGUGCAAACUAGGAGGGAGGAGGUGAGAGAGCAUGAGGAUUAG